AUGAACAACGCGCCACUUCAAAUCGCUCCCCCAAAGGCCUUUGCCAGAGGAUCAAUCGGCGGCCCGAGAGCUGGACUCGUCAGAAAUAAUGGCCCACAACUGGUGCCUGCGCUGCAGAACAUCAUGAACUCAAUUCAGCCCCAGCAGCCCCAGAAUAUUAACCGCCAUGGUCCUCAACAUCAUGCGCACAAUCACGGCAACCACAAUCCACCACAACUACCAGCAGGCCUCUCCUGGAACGCCGAGCCGGAACCGCACAACACCUUGAGUUUUGUGGACACGCGGAUUCCCGUGACGAUUCUGACCGGGCCCUUGGGCGCGGGCAAGACCACCAUUCUGAAGAACACGAUCUUGAAGGGCGGCAUGGGCCCGAUCUUCGUUUUGGAAAACGACGUGGGUGCGGGGAACAUCGACGCGGAUCUCCUCGGACAGAACGCCGGGUGGCAGGUGAAGGGCGUCGCCGGCGGGUGUGCGUGCUGCACCAAGUCGGGCGAUUUGAAGCAGGCUUUGCACAGUUUGCUGGAGUCGGAAAACCAGAACUUCGUCGCCGUCGUCAUCGAAUUGAGCGGCGUCGCGGACCCGAAACCGAUCAUGGACUUGUUCGAGGAAGACUCCUUGCUCAGUUUAAGGUACUGUAGUAUGGAUUUAGCCGAAAAUUUAGAGUCACAUCCAUCUUUACUCUAGAGGCACGGUCUAUGUAGAUGAAGUCUUGCGCUUUGCACAUGCACCAACAAAUUUGCAGAAAAAACUUUGCACUCCUACAGGAAUUUUGAUAAACAUUGGAGUAGAUUCGGUUCUUGAAGCUCCGAUCUGAAUAAAGAUAAACUUAAGAAGGGCAACUCAUGUACUUACUUUCUCAGGUUGAAGUUGGACGCGGUGCUUUGUGUCGCGGACUCCCGCGUGCUUCUCGAGCAGAUUAAGGGCAAAAAGACGGUUAGAAAGAACGAGCUGUCCGUUGUCGCGCAAAGCCUUCUCAACGACGAGGCGCCGGAAUUGUGGGAGGACGGACUCGACGCCACGGGCGAGAACCAGAUCAAGCACGCCAACCGGUUGUUUUUGAACAAAUUGGGGGAAUACGCGGGGGUGGGGAAGAUGGAAGAGGAGGACUUGAAGACGCUGAGAAAACACUUGCAAGACACGCUGAAAAAACCCGCGGAAAGUCUCAUGGAAAUCCACAACAGCAAGGCGCUCGUGCCGCUGAAUCAGGUAUUAUACAUAGUUAGAGGAUAGCACUCAACCAAAUUUGUCUUUUUUGCAGCAUUUCAAAAAGGAAAAAUCAUAGUUUGAAUCUACGUGGAGGAGAAUCUUCAAAGUAGAGAAUCGGAACUUCCACUUUCAAAUUUUCAACACAGAUCCUCGACACCGACCUGUACGGGAUUGAAAAGUGGCAGAAAGCUCUCCAGGCGUCCAUCGCGCGCCCGCCCUGCGGCAACGGCAAUUGCCCGCACAGUAAUAUCAACGCGAACAACGGAGCGGCAGCAGGAGGUGGUGGUGGGUGCUGCGGAAACCACAACCACGGACACCACCACCACUCCCACGGAGGUGGUGGAGGUGGCGGUGGCUGCUGUGGCGGUCACGAUCAUGAUGAUGAUGAUGAUGAUGAUCACAGCCACACAACGCACGGGGGACAUAACCACCACCACCACCAUCACCACCACCCUGGUGGCCAUCAUCACCACCACCACGGUGACAUGGCGCACAAGCACCCGGCCCUGACGGUCGUCCCAGUCACCAUCCCGCUCGCCGACGCCGAGAAUCAAUUGCCCUUAGUGGAGAAAUUCGAGAAAUUAGAGCAGUUUAUCCAAAACGAGAAGUCCGUGCUGAAAGAGCUCGGGCGCCACGGUUUGCUGCAGCGAAUGAAGGGGUUUGUGCGCACAAGGGAUAACAAACUGUAUUUGAUUCAGGGGCGACGGGAGAACUACGAAAUCACCGAAUACGACAUGAAAAAGCUGCCAAAAAGGCAGGACGGCUCGGAGAUUGACGCGGUGAAGUUGGUCUUUAUCGGGAAAUACCUGGACAAACAAAGAAUCCAAGAAUGGGUGGAGAGAGAAUGGACGAAAAUGUAG